AUGACCUUGACCUCCAACACUUCUGCCUACACCACCAACUCCAGCACCUCUGCAUUAAAGCACACCUCUCCUGUAAAGAGCUCUAGCCCCACUCGUCCCACCAGUACCACCUCGAAUAUGAGCAAUGGUGCCACUGUCACCACGACCUCAAAAACAACCGGGCACAUGAACAGCGGUAACAACACGCCCACGAACACAGACAUCACUUCUGCCACGACCACAGGCAUCGGCACGACUACAGUCGCGAGCACAGGCACAAGCACCGCUGCUCCCACGACUAUUGAGACAACCGCAACAGCAAGCACCGGCACUACCACACCCACUAGCAAAAGCACCACCGGAGUUGCGAGCAUCAGCACAAGUAUUUCCAUGAGUACCAGCACCAGUGCACCCACAAGCAACACCAGCAGCCCGUGCACCAGUACUGGCAACACUGCGCCCAACAACAUCAACAAAAAUGUACCCACAAGCACUGAAGCAACUGGACCCACGAGCACCAGCAAAAUUGCUUCCAAAAGCAUUCAGACAACCCCACUCACGAGCAGCAGAACUAACACACCCACUAGCAAAAGCACCACCGGAGUUGUGAGCAUCAGCACAAGUGUUUCCAUGAGUACCAGCACCAGUGGACUCACGAGCACCACCAGCAGCCCGCACACCAGUACUGGCACCACUGCGCCCACCAACACUGGCACCACUGCACCCACAAGCACUGAAGCAACCGGACACACGAGUACUGGCUCCACGACUAGAAUGAGCCCUAGCCCAACUGGUCCCACCAGUACUACCUCGACUAUGCACACCGGCGCCACUGUCACCAUGACCUCAAGCACCACUGGGCACAGGAGUACCGGCACCACCACGACCACAGGCACUUCUGCAACCACGAGCACAGGCAUCGGCACCACUACAGUCACGAGCACAGGCACAAGCACCACUACUCCCACAACCAUUGAGACAACCGCACCAGCAAGCACCAGCACUACCACACCUAGAAGCACAAGCACCACCACUAUAGCGAGCAUCAGCACAAGUAUUUCCAUGAGUACCAGCACCAGCGGGCGCACCAGCACCACCAGCAGCCUGCACACCAGUACUAGCACCACUGCGCCCACCAACACUGGCACCACUACACCCACCAGCACUGAAGAAACCACACCCACGACUACAGGCUCCACGGCUCUAACGAGCUCUGGCUCCACUGGUACCACCUGGACUACGAGCACCGGUGCAACUCUCACCAUGACCUCAAGCACCACUGGGCACAUGAAUACAGGCACCAUCACGCCCAUGACCACAGGCACCACUGCUCCCACAAACACAGGCAUCGGCACUGCUACAGUCACAAGUACAGGCACCGGCACCACUGCUCCCACAAGCACUUACACAACUGCACACAGCAGCACCAGCACCACCCUUUCCACAAGCACCAGCAGCAGUGGGCCCACGAGCACUAUCACUACCAUUCCUGCAAGCAUAGGCACCACUACUGUCACGAGCACAGGAAGUGGCACCAGUGUUCCCUCAAGCACAUCCACAACCAGACACAUCAGCACCAGCACCACCCUUUCCAAAAGCACCAGCAGCAGUGGGCCCAUGACCACCGGCACUACCGCUCCUGCAAGCAUAGGCACCACUACUGUCACGAGCACAAGCACAAGCACCAGUGCUCCCAUGAGCACAGGCAUCGGCACCACUGCUCCUACGACCACUUACACAACCAGACACAGCAGCACCAGCACCACCCUUUCCACAAGCACCAGCAGCAGCGGGCCCACGAGCACCAGCACUACCUUUCCUGCAAGCACAGGCACAACUACUGUCACGAGCACAGGCACAAGCACCAUUGCUCCCACGAGCAUUGAGACAGCUGGAGCCACGAGCAGCAGCACCACUGCUCCCACAACCAUUGAGACAACCCCACUCACGAGCACCAGCACUACCACACCCUCUAGCAAAAGCACCACCGGAGUUGCAAGCAUUAGCACAAGUGUUUCCAUGAGUACCAGCACCAGCAGGCCCACAAGCACCACAAGCAGCAGGCACACCAGGACUUGCACCACUGUGCCCACAAACACUGGCACCACUGUAACCACGAGCUCUGAAUCAACCACACCCACGAGUACAGGCUCCACGGCUCUAACGAACUCUAACUCCACUGUUACCACCGGGACUACAAAUACCGGUGACACUGUCACCAUGACCUCAAGGACCACUGGGCACAUGAGUACAGGCACCAUCUCGCCCAUGACCAUAGGCACCACUGCUCCCACAAGCACAGGCAUCAGCACCACUACAGUCACGAGUACAGGCACAAGCACCACUGCUCCCACGACCACUGACACAACCACACCAACGAGCGCUGGCACUACCACACCCACAAGCACAAGUACCACCGGUGUUGCGAGCAUCAGCACAAGUGUUUCCAUGAGUACCAGCGGGCCCACGAGCACCACCAGCAGCCCACACACCAGUACUGGCACCACUGGGCACAUUAACACCAGCACAACUGCACCCACGCGCACUGAAACAUCCGGACCCAUGAGUACCGGCACCACUGCUCCCAUGAGCAUUGAGACAACCCCACCCACGAUCACCAGCACUACCACACCCACUGGUACAAACAUCACCCCUGUUGAGAGCGUCAGAACGAGUGUUGCCACGAGUACCAGUGGGUCCACAAGUACCACCUCCAGCACACCCACAGGUACUGGCACCACUGGGACCACCAACGCCGGCACCACUGCACCCACGAGCACCAACGCAACAGGACACAUGAGUACCCGCACCACGGCUAUAACGAGCUCUAACCCCACUGGUCCCACCAGUACCACCUCAACUAUGAUCACCAGCGCCACUGUCACCACGAGCUCAAGCACUACUGGGCACACGAGUACCAGCACCAGCACACCCAAGAGCACAGGAACAACUUCUCCCAUGAGCACAGGCACCGGUACCACUGCUCCCACGAUUACUUACACAACCGGACGCACCAGCACCACUGUUACCACAAGGACCAGCACCAGCUCGACUAUGAACACCAGAGCCACUGUCACCAUGAUCUCCAGCACCACUGGGCACACGAGUACCAGCACCACCUUGCCUGCAAACACAGUCACCACUACAGUCACAAGCAUGGGCACUGGCACUACUGCUCCCACAAGCACUGACACAAGCAGACCCACGAGCACCAGCACCACUGUUACCACAAGCACCAGCAUCAGUGGGCCCAUGAACACCACCACCAGCACACUCAUGAAUUCUGGCACCAGUUGGCCCACAACCACAUCCACAAGUGGCCAAACAAGUGCCGGCACCAGUGGGCACACGAGCACUGGCAGCAGUGAUCCCACAAGCAUUGGCACUGCCAGUGUUGCAAGCACUGGCAGCAGUAACCCCGCUAGCACCGGUACCACUGAACCCACGAGCACUGGCACUACCACAUCCAUGAUCAGCAGCACCACCAGACACCCAGCCACUACCACUAACAACCAGCCAACCAGCACCACCACGCUCCCCACCACCAGCACUACCACACUCUCCACCACCACCAUGUACCCAGCUACCACACUCCCCAAGAUUACAACCACGCUCCCCACCACCAGCACUACCAUGCUCCCCACGACCACCACCACUCUGCCAACCACCACGCUCCCCACUACCACCACCCAGCCAACCACCACCCAGCCAACCUCCAGGACCACCAUGCUCCCCACCACCAGCACCAUGCUCCCCACUACCUCCACUCAGCCAACCAACACCACCGACACACUCCCCACCUCCACCACCCACUUGACAACCACAACCACCAUGCACCCAACCACCACCACACUCCCCACCACCACGCAGCUGACCAGCACCAUGCUCCCCACCAACACCACCACUCUCCCCACCACCAGCAUGCACCCAGUCACUACCACUAACACCCAGCCAAGUAGCACCACCACCACACUCCCCACCACCACCACACUCUUGACCAACAUCACUACCACAUUCCCCACCACCAUGCACCCAACCACCACUACCACCGUGCUCCCCACCACCACCACCAAGCUGACCGGAACCACACUCCCCACCACCACCACGCUCUUUACCACCGUCACUCCCAUUCUCCCCACCACCAACAUGCACUCAACCACCACCACGCUCCCCACCACCAACAGCACGCUCCACACCACCACACUUCCCACCACCCAGCCAACUAGCACCACCACCACGCUCCCCACCACCAGCACCACCAUGCUCCCCACCACCACCAUGCACCCAGCCACCACCACCAUGACCACCACACUCCCCACAUCUACCACCACGUUCCCCAUGACUACAACCAUGCUUCCCACCACCAGCACCACCCACUCGACAACCACCACUACCAUGCUCCCAACCACCACCACCCAGCUGACCAGCACCACGCAGCUGACCAGCACCACACUCCUGACCACAACCACACAACCAGCCACCACCACCACCACCCAGCCAACCAGCACCACGCUUUCGACCACCACCACCACCAUACUCCCCACCACCACUACGCUCCCCACCAGCACCACCACCCAGCUGACCACCACCAGCACCACACUACCAACCACCACCACCACCACCCAGCCAACUAGCACCACCACCACACUCCCCACCACCAGCACCCACUCAACAACCACCACUACCAUGCUCCCAACGACCACCACCAUGCUCCCCACCACCACCAGCACGCUCCCCACAACCACCACCACACUCUUGACCACCACCAGCACCAAAAUCCCAACCACUAGCACCACGUUCCCAAUCACUACUACCACCACCACCUCGAGCCCAACCACCAGCACCACUAGGAGCCCGACCACCACCACCACCACCAUCUCAAGCCCAACCACCACAACCACUACCACCACCACUACGAGCCCAACCACCAACACCACCACUAUGAGCCCGACCACCACCACCACCCCAACCACCACAACCACCACGAGCCCAACCACCAACACCACCAUGAGCCCAACCGCCACCACCACCAUGAGCCCGACCACCACCACCACCAUGAGCCCAACCACUACCACCACCACUACUCACCUGACCACCACCACCACACGACCAAACACCACCACCACGCGCCCAACCACCACCACCAUGCACCCAACGACCGCCACUACCACCACGACGACCACCACCACAAUGACCACCGCCAUGAUGACCAUCACCACACACCAAACUACCACCAAUACCACCACCACCACCCCAGGGGUCUGUGAAAAUGGAGGCACUUGGGUCAACGGCAACUGCGUGUGCCCCCCGGGAUACAUGGGCAACACCUGCAGUUACGGCGAGAGCAGCAUCGAGACCAAAGCUGAGACCAACGUGUCCGUGAGCGUGGAGCUGCGGGUCACCAACCAGGAGUUCUCCGAGGACCUCCGAAACGAAAGCUCCAUUGCCUACCAGAACUUCGUCCACAGCUUCACCCAGCAGAUGGACAUCUUCUACCGCAACAUUGAAGGCUACCAAGGCAUCAAGAUCCUGAGUCUGUCGCCGGGCAGCAUCGUGGUGGAUCACGCCAUCAUCGUCGCUCUGCUGGUGACCGCCGAUACCACAGAGAAGAUCAAUAACGUCACCAAGAAUGUGAAGGAGGAGAUCAUCCAAGCAGCGGCCCAGCAGCAAAACUGCACUGAUAACAGCAGCUUCUGCUUCAAUGCCUCCGAAGUGACGAUCACCCAACCCUCGUUUGAGUUCAAUGCAACGGCGUAUUGCCGCCAGGUUGCACCGAAGGGCUUUGAGGACUUCUACUACCCCAACACCACCAAAAGCGGCCUCAGCUGCCUGUCCAACUGCUCGGCCAAUACUGCGGGCACCAUCGACUGCAAUGAGGGGCAGUGCCAGCUCACCCUGAGUGGCCCCCAGUGCUUCUGCCGUGAGACCAACCUCUACUGGUACCAGGGCAAUCGGUGCAAGAGCCGGGUCAGCAAGAUGGCCGUGGGCAUGGGCCUGGCCGUGGCGGCCUUGUGCUUGGUGAUCUUCGUCCUCGCCGCCUUCCUCUUCAGGGCCAAGAGGCAGAAGUUGUCGGACAGGUCCAGCGACCUGAUGGAGAGCAAGCAGCACUGGUACGAGGAAGAGGAUGAAAACUGGAGCCUCCCUGGGGACUUCACCAUCCAGAAUGAAGGUGCCCAUGAGGACACCAUGCAGGUUGACCUGCAGUCCGUGGACACCUCGGCACAGGUCCAGAUCCAGAAGGUGGAGAGGAUCACCACGCACACCCCCACCAGCAGCAUCCCCACGACCACCGGCAUCACUACCAGCACUGGCUCCAGCACCCUCACAACCGCCACCAGUACUUCUCCAGACAUUUCUUCCACACCCACCGCUUCUCCUAGUGCAGCAACCAUGAGUUCGGUGCCCACAACCACCACCGCGACCAGCGCCACCACUUGUGCAAUCUACGCCACAGUGACCACUUCCAUCAGCCCUAGCCACCCAACCACGACCAACCCAAUCCCGACCACCACCACAAUUCUCCCUUACACUACCACCCUCAUCACCACCCGUCCCUUGACCACCCCGGGUACCACCCCUACCACUGCCAGCCCCAUGACCACCACUGGAAUGACCACUGUCCCCACGACCUCCACCAGCACCUCAACCUCCACCAGCGCCUUGACUGAUGCCAUGACCACCCCCAGCUCCACUGCCAGCCCCACGACCACCACUGGAAUGACCACUGUCCCCACGACCUUCACCAGUGCCUCAACCUCCACCAGCGCCUCAACUGAUGCCACGACCACCCCCAGCUCCACUGCCAGCCCCAUGACCACCAUCACAGGUGUCCCCACCACCACAACCAAUGCCACGACCACCUACAGCACCACCAACAGCCCCACAACCACCACCGGAACGACCACCAUCCCCACAACCACCACCAGCACCACCACCCUAUCCACGACCUUCCCUGCUACCACCACCAGCCCUGGGACCACUGCAACCACCACAGGUGCCACAACCACCAUCAGCGCCACGGCCAAUGCCACAACCACCCCCAGCACCACCACCAGCCCCACAGUUGUCACCACAACCAUCAACAGCCCCACGACCACUUCUGGAGCCACCACCAGCCCCACAACCACCACCAGUGCCACCACCAGCCCCAUGACCUUUCCUGGUACCACCACCGUCCCAACGACUGCCACCACAGCCAUCACGAUGACCACGCCUGGCACCAGCACUACCACCAGUCCCACAACCACCACCACAACCGUGAACACCACUGGCGCCACCACCACCGCGACCACACUCACCACCACCACCACGCUUCUGACCACCACCACCACACGCGCAACAACUACCCCCACCACGACCAUGACCACCACCACCAUGACCACUACCACUCACCCAACCACCACCACUACCACCACCACUACGCGCCUGACCACCACCACCACGCGCCUGACCACCACCACCACGCGCCCAACCACCGUCACCACUACCCCAGGAUUCACGGGCAACACCUGCAGUUACGGCGAGAGCAGCAUCGAGACCAAGGCCGGUAUGGAGCCCUCUGCACCCACCUCCAGCCCAAUCUGGGCAAAAUCUGGGGAGAACCGGGAGUGGUCACAGGGAGGGCAAGUCAGGAGUGACUAUGACCACAGCAAUAAGCAGAGGCUGGAGGUCCCAGAGACCAACGUGUCCGUGAGCGUGGAGCUGCGGGUCACCAACCAGGAGUUCUCCGAGGACCUCCGAAACGAAAGCUCCACCGCCUACCAGAACUUCGUCCACAGCUUCACCCAGCAGAUGGACAUCUUCUACCGCAACAUUGAAGGCUACCAAGGCAUCAAGAUCCUGAGUCUGUCACCGGGCAGCAUCGUGGUGGAUCACGCCGUCAUCAUCGCUCUGCUGGUGACUGCCGAUACAACGGAGAAGAUCAACAACGUCACCAAGAAUGUGAAGGAGGAGAUCAUCCAAGCAGCGGCCCAGCAGCAAAACUGCACUGACAACAGCAGCUUCUGCUUCAAUGCCUCCGAAGUGACGAUCACCCAACCCUCGUUUGAGUUCAAUGCAACGGCGUAUUGCCGCCAGGUCGCACCGAAGGGCUUUGAGGACUUCUACUACCCCAACACCACCAAAAGCGGCCUUAGCUGCGUGUCCAACUGCUCGGCCAACACCGCGGGCACCAUCGACUGCAAUGAGGGGCAGUGCCAGCUCACCCUGAGUGGCCCCCAGUGCUUCUGCCGUGAGACCAACCUCUACUGGUACCAGGGCAAUCGGUGCAAGAGCCGGGUCAGCAAGAUGGCCGUGGGCAUGGGCCUGGCCGUGGCAGCCUUGUGCUUGGUCUUCUUCGUCCUCGCCGCCUUCCUCUUCAGGGCCAAGAGGCAGAAGUUGUCGGACAGGUCCAGCGACCUGACGGAGACCAAGCAGCACUGGUACGAGGAAGAGGAUGAAAACUGGAGUCUCCCUGGGGGCUUCACCAUCCAGAAUGAAGGCGCUGCCACGAGCCCUGAGGACACUGCGAGCGCUGGAGUAACUGCGGCCUCCGGGAUGAACAUGGCACCCAACGCAACCACUACCAUCAGCACUACUUCAACUACUACCACCAUCCAAAUCACAGCAGCCAUGUUCGCAGCCAAUACCACCACCACGCUGCCGACCACCACCACCUUGAGCCUGACCACCUCCACCACCACCACCACCACUACUACAAGCCCAACCACCACCACCACCACUACGAGCCCGACCACCACCACCACAAACCCUACCACCACCACCGCUAUGACAAGCCCAAAACCCACCACUACUACCUCAAACCCAACCACCACAACCACCACGACCACCUUGAGGCCCACCACCACAAGCCCGACCACCACCACCACCUCGAGCCCGACCACUACCACGAGCCUGACCACCACCACCGCCGCCUCGAGCCCCACCACUACCACCACGAGCCCGACCACCACCACCACCACUACCACCACCACCACCAUGCGCCCAGCCACCACCACCACACGCCCAACCACCACCACUACCACCACACACCCAACCACCACCACCACCCCAGGGGUCUGCGAAAAUGGAGGCACCUGGGUCAAUGGCCACUGCGUGUGCCCCCCAGGAUACACAGGCAACACCUGCAGUUACGGCGAGAGCAGCAUCGAGACCAAGGCCGAGACCAACGUGUCCGUGAGUGUGGAGCUGCGGGUCACCAACCAGGAGUUCUCCGAGGACCUCCGAAACGAAACCUCCACCGCCUACCAGAACUUCAUCCACAGCUUCACCCAGCAGAUGGACAUCUUCUACCGCAACAUUGAAGGCUACCAAGGCAUCAAGAUCCUGAGUCUGUCGUGA